UGUGGGUGGGUUUUUUAAAAAGGGUGUGUUUAAAAGAGUGUGUAUUCAAAGGACAAAAAGGAGAGUGUUUUGGUGACCUUGAGGCACAGAGGACUGAUAACUCCUCAAGAUGGAUCAACUACCAGUGGUGACCUUAGUGAUGGUGGCGCUCUUCUUUCUAGGAAGUGUGGAUUCCUCAGCUUAUGACAAAAUAGUCACCCACAGUCGCAUACGGGCGAGGAAAGAAGGGCCCAAUGUGUGUGCACUGCAGCAAGUGGAGGGAACCAAGAAAAAGUACUUCAGCACAUGUAGAAACUGGUACAAAAAAUCCAUCUGUGGCAAGAAGGCGGAGGUCUUGUAUGAGUGUUGCCCUGGUUACAUGAAGCUGGAUGGAAUGAAAGGAUGCCCUGCAGUGGCUCCAAUUGAAAAUGUAUAUGAUACUUUGGGGCUUGUAAAGGCUGAAACCACACAACGAUACUCUGACAUGUCAAAGCUAAGACAGGAAAUCGAAAGCACAGGCACCUUCACUGUGUUUGCACCCAGCAAUGAGGCUUGGGAUGAACUGAAUCCUACUGCACGAGCCGCGUUAGAGGACAACGUGAAUAUUGAGCUUUUCAAUGCGCUUCACUAUCACACGGUAAACCACCGCCUGAUGACCAAAGACAUGAAGAAUGGAAUGACUGUCACUUCGAUGUACAAUGACCAGGCGAUCUUCAUCAACCACUAUCCUAAUGGGGUUGUGACUGUGAACUGUGCCAGGAUCAUCCAUGGUAACCAGAUAGCAACUAAUGGCGUGGUGCAUGUCAUAGAUCGGGUGAUCAGAUCUGUCACUGGUACAAUCAAGGACUACCUGGAGAGUGAAGAAGAGCUUUCCUCUAUCAAUAAUGCAGUUUUUAUUGCUGGUGUUAUGGAUAAGUUGGGCCAGCCUGGUCAGUUUACGAUGUUUGCCCCAACGAAUGAAGCUUUCGAUAAGCUGACGCCAGGAUUCAUGGAGAGUAUCUUUGAAAACGAGCCGGUCAUUAAAGCCCUGGUGACCUACCACCUGCUGAACAGUGUCCAGUGUGCAGAAGCGAUCAUGGCAGGAUCAGUGUAUGAGACUGAAGAGGGCAGUACCAUAGAGAUUGGCUGUGACGGUGACAGUCUGACUGUCAACGGCAUCAAAAUGGUGCUGAAGAAGGAUAUCGUAACCUCUAAUGGAGUAAUUCACCUCAUAGACCAGGUGCUCAUCCCUGAUUCAGCCAAGGAAGUGAGGGAACUGGUUGGAAAAUCCCAGAGCACUUUCGGCGACUUGGUGUCUGAAAUGGGUUUAACGUCUUCCCUGAGUUCGGACACACAGUACACACUCCUUGCUCCACUAAAUGCCGUCUUCACAGAUGAAGUGAUGGCAGAUGAUGAAUACCUGAGAAUCAUUCUGCAAAACCACAUGCUGAAGUUAAAAAUUUCACUGAGUAUGCUGUUCAACGGACAGCUGCUGGAAACACUUUCUGGCCAACUGCUCAGAGUCUUCAUUUAUCGCACUGCCGUGUGCAUAGAAAGCGCAUGCAUGGUCCGAGGCAGUAAAGAGGGAAUGAAUGGGGCCCUUCAUGUCAUGACGUCGUUGAUCAAACCAGCCGACAAAACGGCCUUUGAACUCCUGGAUGCUGAUGGAAAUUUUAAGAUUUUCUUGUCACUAAUGGAAACAGCUGGUCUGGAAGAUCUGCUGAAGCAGAAUGGCUCCUACACAAUCUUUGCACCAACUGACGAGGCAUUUGAAGCCCUUGGUGCAGAUGACUUGGAUUUGCUUAAAGGUGAUGUAAAGGCUUUGAGAAACAUUCUUCUCUACCACUUCAGUGAGGGCAUCAUCAUCAAUGGAGGACUAGAAGCUAAAGUGACUAAUCUAUUGAAAACUCUGCAAGGCAAACCCCUCCAACUUAAAUCUGAAAAUAAUUCUAUCCGUGUCAACUCAGUGGAGAUUCCCAAGAGUGAUCUGAUGGCUACAAAUGGUGUGGUCCAUGUGGUGAAAAAUGUUCUCUACCCAGCAGACCUACCUGUGGGCCGUCAGGACCUCCUGUUGGUGCUGCAAAAGCUGAUUAAGUAUAUUGAAAUAAAGUUUGUUUCUGGAUUUACUUACGCUGAGAUCCCACUCACCUUUAUUAAACGGAUCAUCACAACUACUCGUUACAUUAAAGUACCAGAAACAGAAACGGUGAUCAUUGAAGAAAAACAACCUUCGAUUAAAACAGUUACCACAGUCAUUGAAGGGAAGCCAAGCAUCAAACAAGUGACAAGAGUGAUAAAACCAGCUGGCUCAAAGGUGGUUGCUGAGGUGGACCAGUCCACCAAAACGGUAACCAGGGUCAUCGGCCGACAGCCUUCCAUGAGCAAGGUCACAAGAAUUAUCGGAGGUGGAGAAGGCAGAACUAGUAGGAGGAGGACAGAAACAAGUGAAACCACAAUCACCACGGUGAACGAGCCUCAGAUCAUUGCGGUCCCAGAUUUGUCUAAGAUCACCAGCUUUGGUGAUAACCCAGCUCUGCUAAAUGAAGAAUCUGGGAAAAUCACCAGACUCAUUCAAGAGGGCGGAGGAUUUUCUGCAGCUAAGAAGCCACCAACUGGAGUAAGAAGAAGAGCAAGGCUGGUCAAACGUCAUUACAAACCAAAGGAGUGAUGUGAAACAGAAAGAAUGCAUGAUCAGUGCUCCUGGUUGAGUUCUGGUGUAACUGUGGACUAAUUCAAAUUAAUCGAGUGAAUCAAGCAAUUUAUUUGUCUUAACAUCAUCUAAGCCGAUCUCUGUGUGGUAGGAAUGAUGUGUUUUAGUUUUGUAAUGAAAUUAAAAUACUUUUCAUGUGAAUGUUGCGUCUUAAAGCCAAAAUUUUAUAGUGGAAUAAAUGGGGGAUGAAAAAUGAGACAUUUUACAAAUGAUCCUUUAAAGUUUUUAUGUUGUGAAGACAUUUCUUAGGAAGACUUUUGGGAGGUUUGCAAUGAGUUUUUGUAUAAAAUUAUGCUUCUAAUAUUACGACAAACGGUGUUUUAAUAUCACUAUGCUGUUAUUCAAGUGGUAGUGAAAAAUAAAUUGGAUAUUUUUUUUCUCAGUUUUCAAGAAACCUUUUGUUUUGGAAAAUUAAACUUUCUCUUUGUCCCGAAUAUAAGUUUCUACCAUGUUUGCAUCUAACAUUUACAAUGUUGCUGAAAAAAAAAUACAUUUGUAAAUACAUAUGAAAUAGACUUUGUUUCAUUUGUUUUUCAUAUUGCUGAGAUAUUACCUGAAAUACUUAACAAUAGAGGAUAUUGUCCUCUAAUGAAAAGUUAGAUGUCACCAAGAAAGUUAUGUCAUUUGCCAAGAAUGUUUCAGUUACCAGUGCUUAAAAAGAUACCAGUGAUUAUAGCAUUUACUUAUUGUGGAUUUAUUUAUUUAAAUUUUGGGUCAGUUUUAUAAUUGCUGUUAAAUUAUGUCAAUGUUGUUUUAAAAGUUAUUUGUGGAAUGGAAAUAGUUUCAGAUAUGGAGCUGGUCAUCUCAGAAUAUAUUUGGAAUUAUUUGACAUCUAUGUUUUAGUGACUUGAUCCUUCUGUAGUAAGUCCGAUUAGUAACCUAAACUGCUUAUAGGAAGCAUGAUAGAUUUUUAAUAGCUUGAUAACAAAAAGCUUCAAAUCAUCGAAUUUCUGCCUCAUGCAGAAUUAAAUGGAGUAGGCCACGCCCACUUCAGCCUCUUCGUGUUGCGCGUGUCAAAUAACUCCACUGUUUGCACAUUUUUAAAAGUCGUUUAAGAAAAUGUUUUAUUGUCUGGUGUCUGUCUCCAGCCCAGUCAACAAUAUGCCUGAAGAAUUACAACAUUAGCUUUACUGCUUAAAAGAUUUAUAAUCAUAUAAAUCCUGGAGCAAAAUACAUGACAUAUCUCCAGUUACACAGAAUUGUCGAGACACUUUAGUUCCACAGUUGUCUUUGCAACUGUCCCAAUCACACCAUAAACAUGCAACCAUAA